ACUCUCUCUUCUUCACAAAAAGAUCCCCUCGAAACUGGCGCACAAUUCUUUUAUCAAACUCGUUUCGUAUACCCCGCAACUGACUCUCGGACAGGACCCCCUCGUCAGGGAUCUUCCAGAUCAUACGUUAAUUUUUUAGAAUUAACCGAACUUAAUAACAUCAGAUAAAACAAUAGCCCUGUAUCCGCAACUUUUUUUAAUACCUUUCCUGUCAGUUGAAAAUUCUUGCGUAUACAUACGACGUGUCUAUCAAACCAAAACACUUUCAAUUAAAGCGUUGUUCAAUCUUUAUUUUUGGUUUCUGUAUCCACGAACAUAUACCUUCGGCGAAUUCCUCAACUCUCUCGUUCCUCUACUUCUUUUCCCCUUCUUUCGCUACAUUUUGCACAAAAGAAGUGAACACAGAGCGUGUAAUUUGUCAAUCCGCGGGGCGUAAUAGAGCAGCUCGAUCUGUCUUCGAAGAAGCGCGCCUUUUACACCAUGGGUUCGAGCCAGUCCAGGCGUACGAACUCUUCCAACCUGGCGCACAGAAGGGGUAGUUCUAACUCACUAGGAAGAAUGCAUACCAGCCAAUCUCUUGAAGAUUUGGCUAACCAGGAAAUGGAAAGAAUUGCCAUUGAGUGCUCUCUAGCUGAUGCGCCUCUUCCGCCUGGCUGGGAGCAAGUAUCGUGUCACAGACAUCCCACAUAUUUUGUGGAUCAUUUGAACAUGACCACAACGUAUGCAGAUCCCCGGUUUCCAAACAACGUGAGCCGUAGCCACGGUCAGAGAAAGUCCAAACCGCCACCAUACGAGCUGAAUUUUUACUCCAAAUGCCAGCACUUGAGAGCGAGAGCGAGGAAGCUUUGCAGCGAACGUGGUUCACUGCUUAUUGUCGUACGACGCGACAACCUGUUCAAGGAUUCCUUUGACUAUGUUUACAACCUCAAUGCUAAGACCUUUACCCGCCAGCUGAGCAUUCGAUUCGAAGGAGAAAAGGGACUGGAUUACGGAGGGAUGAGUCGUGAGUGGUUAUUAGAACUCAGUAAAGAAAUUCUGUCUCCUAAACAGGGCUUGUUUGUCCUUCGUGAUUAUUAUUACGACAUAGACAUCAAUUCAAUAGAGAAACCGGAUUUUUACGACCACUUCUACUUCGUGGGUGUGGUAUUGGGCAUAGCUGCCUACCACGGCAAAAUUUUCAGUUCGCGCUUCACGCUCAUCUUUUACAAGCGCAUGAUGAACCUGGAACCCAAUAUUGAGGAUCUCAAAGAAUACGAUGAGCAGAUAUAUAAUAGUCUCCGAUACAUUCUAGAGAUGACGGAAUCUGUAGCUGACUUGGACCUUAGUUUCGCCAUCGACGAAGACUUGAAUCGUGGCUCUGAAGGCGGUUUUGGGUCGAAGACCAGAGUCGUCUCUCUAAAGGAAAAUGGGCCGGAAAUACCCGUUGUGGACGAAAACAAGGAAGAAUAUGUCCAACUGUGUGUUCAAUAUUAUUUAGGUAAAGCGUCAAUACAAAUGGAGGCUAUCAAGAAUGGGUUUUGCCAAUUCUUUCCUCAGUCUCUUUUAAACGAGGUCUUAACUCCCCAAGAAUUGAGAUUGUUAAUCGAGGGCACAACUGAAAUAGAUCCAAGAGAACUUCGAAAAUACACUGACUAUCAAGGCGGAUACACCCCAGAUACACCAGUCAUAUUAUGGCUGUGGGAUAUCAUCUAUAACUUUACUCAUAAAGAGCUAAGACUGCUUCUUCAGUUUGUAACUGGUACGGAUCGUGUCCCGAUUGGCGGAUUCCAACAUCUCUAUGGAUCCUCUGACAUGCAGCAUUUCACCAUCAACAAGUCCAAGAGGCAGGGACUUCCGUCUGCUCACUCGUGCUUCAACCGAUUGGACCUCCCCGAAUACUCUGAAAAAGAGACACUGAGGUCUAACCUGAAAUACGCCAUUCAUGAAACAAGAGGAUUUGAUAUUGAAUGAGAAAAGACCUUUUUAAAGGGCGUCUCGUACAUCGUCCUCAUAGCUUACAUUUCCACGUCACGAAUUUUUUUUUGCAUUUAUCAAGCAUUCUACGACUUGAUUCUGGCCCCUUUAACCGCUUCAAAAACCUCGUCCCUUUUGCGUUAUAUAAAAGUUCUUUUUUUGUCCUCA